AAUGAAUAUUGUGGAGAAUGUAGAAGAGGAAUACGAUGAAUAAAAUCAAGGUACCCAUCAAUAAGGAGAGAGAUUACCUGAUAAUUAUGGUAGAAGUGUUUUCUUUGAUUCAAAUAAUCUUCCUCAAGUAAUAAUUUAGAUCAUCAAUAUAUUAGGUUGAGUGUUACUAUCAUAAAGGAUAUUAUAUUUCAAAUAUGUGUAGGGCACCUUAAUGUAUUAUACCUUUAUGUCCAUUAUGUAUUCAUUUGCAUUCUAAAGAACAUAUAAAUGAAGGAACUUAUCCAAUAUUUGAAUCAUUAGAAGUAUUAUUAAAUUAAGCAAGUGAUCAUGUUUAAAAUGAAUGUAAUAAUAAUAUAUUAACUAUAAAUUUAGUAAAGAAAUUCACAAACUCUUAUUAUGAUAUUAAGAAGCAUGUGAACACAUUUGAAGUUCAUGCAGAAAAAACAAUCAAGAAAAUUCGAGAAAUUAAGAAACGUAUACUAGAUAUUGUCGAACAAUUUUUUAAUGGGCUUGAAAAUGAAGUAGAACAUAAAUAGAAAAAGAAUGUAAAUAAUUAGGAAAGAGAUGCUAAACAUUUAUUAUAAAUGAUAGAAGAAAGAUGGACUUCAAUGAAAUAGAUGUUGAUAACAUUUUAAUCAAGUGAUUGUCUAACUGCAUUGAUUCCAUAUUUUACAACUACAUUCUAAGAGGAUAAUUAAGUAUACUAUAAGAAAAUAGGUGAAUAUAUAAAUUCAUUUCCUACUGUGAGUAGUGAAGUUCAAAUAGAUUAAUAGAGAGCGUAUAAUCUAUUAUCAUAAUUUUAGAUCAGAAUUAAGUUUAUUUCUUCAAUCAAUCAUUAAAGUAUAACACACUUCUAUUCCUGACUUUAUUGGAGUACAUCAGUUACCAACAACAAAUGUAACUGAAAGUACAAAAAUAAAGUCACUUUAAGGAAGUAGAAUAAAAGAACCUUUAAGAGUUACUAUUCCUGAAAAGAAAACAAAGUUUGAUACUUGUUAACAUUAAAAUCCUAAUCCAAAUGCUCCUCCUGUUAAAAUUCAUAGAAGUCCUUAACCUUUUUCAUAAUCUGUUCCAUUACAUCCAGGUCAUCCACCAUUACCUAUUCAUCCUUAAUAUUUUCCUCAUACACAUUUUAUACCACCUUAUCAUAGAUUUUGA